AUGGCCUCUACGCGAACCGAGAGCGAUGCCUUUGGAGAGAUCCAGGUCCCUGGGGACAAGUACUGGGGUGCACAGACGGAGCGUUCACUCGAGAACUUUAAGAUCAACCAGCCUCAGGACAGGAUGCCUCCUCCCAUUGUCAAGGCCUUUGGCAUCUUGAAGGGAGCUGCGGCUACUGUCAACAUGCGCUACGGCCUCGACCCUCAAAUCGGCAAGGCUAUCCAGCAAGCCGCCAAGGAGGUCGCCGACGGCAAGCUCAUGGACCACUUCCCUCUUGUUGUUUGGCAGACCGGUUCCGGCACCCAGUCCAACAUGAACGCCAACGAGGUCAUCUCCAACCGCGCCAUUGAGAUCUUGGGCGGCCAGAUGGGCAGCAAGAAGCCCGUCCACCCCAACGACCACGUCAACCGCAGCGCCUCCUCCAACGAUACCUUCCCUACAGUCAUGCACAUUGCUGCUGUUCUGGAGCUCGAGGGUGACCUGCUGCCCGCAUUGAAGACCCUCAAGGCAGCUCUUCAAGCCAAGGUGGAUGACUUUGAGGCCAAGAAGAUCAUCAAGAUUGGCCGCACACACUUGCAGGAUGCUACACCCUUGACUCUGGCUCAGGAGUUCUCAGGUUACGUGGCUCAGCUCGACUACGGCAUCAAUCGCGUUGAGGCAGCACUCCCUGAUCUGCGCCUUCUUGCGCAGGGUGGCACUGCUGUCGGUACUGGCAUCAACACUUUCGAGGGGUUCGCCGAGGGCAUUGCCGAAGAGGUGACCAAGAUGACUGGCACCGAGUUCAAGACCGCGCCCAACAAGUUCGAGGCCCUUGCUGCCCACGAUGCCAUUGUCCACGCUCACGGCGCCCUCAACACCCUGGCGACCUCCUUGACCAAGAUUGCCCAGGACAUCCGUUACCUUGGCUCCGGUCCUCGUUGCGGCCUUGGCGAGCUCAACCUGCCCGAGAAUGAGCCUGGUAGCAGCAUCAUGCCUGGCAAGGUCAACCCCACCCAGUGCGAGGCUUUGACGAUGGUCUGUGCCCAGGUUAUGGGCAACCACGUCGCGACCACCAUUGGUGGCAUGAACGGACAGUUCGAGCUGAAUGUGUACAAGCCUCUUGUUAUCCGCAAUCUCCUCCACAGCUCCAGACUGCUGGCGGAUGGUAUGCGCUCCUUCGAGAAGAACUUGAUCGUUGGCUUGGCCGCAAACGAGGCCAAGAUUGCCAGCAUCAUGAAGGAAUCUCUUAUGCUCGUCACAUGCCUCAACCCCAAGAUCGGUUACGACAUGGCCAGUAAGGUCGCCAAGAACGCGCACAAGAAGGGCCUGACCCUCAAGGAGUCAGCCAUGGAGCUGAAUGCUUUGACUGAGGAGGAAUUCGACCAGCUUGUGAAGCCAGAGCUCAUGGUCGGCCCCUCAGCUUACAAGGGUUAA